CUGGCCAUCGACUAAGGUGGCGGUGCGGGUACGCUCUCUGGUCGGUGUAGCUCAUAGGCAUUCACGCAGCUGUCCCUGAACAAGCGUCAUUAACACACGCGGUCGCACGGUCGGUCUGUCAGCGGACGCCUCACAUCCGAGGGUGAACUGUAAAGUUUCAGAUCUAGUUCUGUGGUACGGUUCCGGAGGCGGUACGGUUUCAGAAGCGGCGUGGUAAAUCGCUACCGUGCUUUGUCGUGAAACUUCAGAGGUCGUGCAGGCGUCGCGUACAUAGUCGUCUCGUCUCGUGUACGCCGGAUUCGACUUAAAUUCCUCGGACAUAGGCAUGGUCUAGGCGUCGUCUGAGAGCUCUGUGGUCGCAGCUCGAUGUUAACUUUAAUGAAAGUGUUCACUUGGUUGCAGCAUUCAUUUGCAGCAGAUCUAAUAACGAAAUUAAAAUUUUGCCCUGUGAAUUAGGCAAGACAGCAGCGGUUAAUGAAGGGAGUGUUGGUGCAUUGGGAAGUGUGAAAUCAGUGAGUUCGCAAGUGUUAUUGAGUGUGGAGAUUGUAUAUUAUCAAUUGCAACAUUAUGGACUGGAUUUAGUGAAAAGCUCACCGUGUAUUUCGAGUUCCUGCUCAUCUGACAAAUUAAUCUGUGUGUUUAGGCAAGAUUUCUGAAGUAUACUGCAAAAUUGUGUAACAUCAUAAACCUAUGGCUUAUCUGUCGGAUAUUGACCUGGCAACGUUGCACAGAUCCAGACUGGAGGAACGCGUCCAUUACAAAUUGUCCUCCUGGAACAGAUCUGCUACGGUUGAUAGUAGUAGCAGCAGCAGCAUCAGCAGCUUUCAGUUGGCCCAGAGAAGGUCAAUUAAAACUCCGUCGGAAGCAACAAGCAGCCGCCGGCCAGGCGACUCUUCGUUCUCCUCCACCGUUGCAAUGGAUGACAUAAUAAACAAUAAUCAACUUGGACCGGCCAGGCGAGUUGAUCAGCAGCAGAAAAACUUCGCCAGUACCUGCGAGAUUAACAACACUUCAGCUCAGCAUGAAGAGGCUCGUAGAGUGACGUCAAGCUAUCGGGUUGGCGCCGGCAGGCACCAGUCAAAUGUACAUGUGAUAAAACGCCGCAACCGGAAUAGCAAUAGCUGUUCCAGUACCGGUACCAGUGCCAGCAGCAGCAAUGGCACAGUUGGCAGCAACUUCAAACAUGUCGAGUGGAGCGAUGACGAUUAUCUUAACGAUGAUGGUUACUUUUCGUCAGAGACGCGUCGCCGGAGAUCCGGUACCUGGCCGCGAACGCGAAGUUUGAACGCACCGUCACCAUUCCAACAGUUUGGACCAUGUGGUCGGAUUAUGAAAAACUCUGCCAUGGUGAUGCAAAUUCAGGAUCCCGCCAGCCAGCGACUGACCUGGUACAAGCCUCCACUAGCAGUGCUGGUGAUAAAAAAGGUUCGUGACUCGAAGGUGCUGCAGCCAUUCGUAGAACUGGUCGAGUGGCUUAUCAAGGAGAAGCAUAUGGUGGUCUGGGUGGAGGGUGCCAUUCUGGACGAUCCGCUGCUGACGGGAGACAAGCGCUUCACUAAGAUCCAGGAUAAAUUAAUCACCUUCAAAGACGGCCGGGACGACCUAACGGACAAAAUCGACUUCAUUAUCUGCCUGGGCGGAGAUGGAACGCUGCUGUACGCAUCACUGCUGUUUCAGAAGUCGGUUCCACCGGUGAUGGCAUUCCAUUUGGGUUCGUUGGGCUUUCUGACGCCAUUCCAGUUCGACAAUUUCCAGGAACAGGUCACCAAUGUGCUCGAGGGUCACGCCGCACUUACGUUACGUAGCCGGUUGAGGUGUAUUAUCGUUCGAAAAGACAAAACCGAGCAGGAGAUAGCCACCUUCAGAUCGUCGCAGGAUCCGACGACUAACAUUUUGGUUCUCAACGAAGUGGUGAUUGAUCGCGGUCUGUCAUCGUACCUGAGCAAUAUCGACCUAUUCUUGGACGGAAAGCACAUUACCUCCGUGCAGGGUGAUGGGCUGAUCGUUUCCACUCCAACCGGGAGUACGGCCUAUUCGGCAGCCGCAGGAGCCUCCAUGAUUCAUCCUUCUGUGCCGGCCAUUCUGGUGACGCCGAUCUGUCCCCAUUCGCUCAGUUUCCGACCGAUCGUAUUGCCAGCUGGGGUGGAGCUUAAGAUUGCUCUAUCACCGGAUAGUCGAAAUAGCUCGUGGGUAUCGUUUGACGGCAGGAACCGUCAAGAAUUGCUACACGGUGACAGCUUGCACGUGACCACUUCCAUCUACCCGGUGCCAAGUAUAUGCGCUCAGGACCAGAUCGCCGACUGGUUCGAUUCGUUGGCCGAGUGCCUCCACUGGAACGUGCGCAAGCGGCAAAAGUGCUUGGACGAACUGUCCGACCUGACCGGUUCGGGAACGGAGGACAGUGCCAUCGAGGAAAUCGACCGCGGUAUCGAUAACUUGGAAACCUAAGCACCAUCGCAGCCUAUGCUCAAAAUCAUUGCGGCGUUGCCGGGAUCCUGCACAAGUCCCCCUCCGAGAACCGCUUUAAGUUACCAGUUACUACUCCGAACAGUGACAACCUUUUUAUUCAACCCGCAAGCCGCAAGACGCCGCGGAGGAUGCUUCUACGGUUUUUCUUACAAUUUUUAACCUUGACUGUGCGUGAGACCAAGUAGGUGAAAAGUGUGGUCAUUAUAAUUUGAUUUAAUCAGCAAAUGAUCGGUUUGGUUGCGUUGGGAUGAAGCCUGUAUAGAGUGUGAGGAGCUUUAUAUAUACUACAGGAAUUAUAGACAGCAAAGUGAUUCGUUUGGUCAUUCCGGUUUGGAGCCAAAAUAUGGUGAUUAAAUUAUUGUGAAGAUACUGGUUAGGUGAAAAAAAAUGUUAUCAACACUGUUCAAGUUCAAGUUUGAUCUAAAGACGCAAUAGAGAGUUGUGUACUGUCAAUGUGUUCCAAUGAAUGGCGAACUGUUGGUGUGCGUGUGAGAAAUGAACUUUUAGGGCGACUAUAGUUUGUACUCGUUUUCUUUCGUAUUGUAGGCUUAGCCUUUUAUGCUUAAAUCGGACUAUUAUUAUCAUAUUCGCAUGAGCAACUGAAGAUCAAUAGCAAAGAACGUAAAAAAAGCAAAUCAAAUACAGUUGUUGAAACUUUAGAGGUUAGUAAAAGUUGAUUUUUAAAAUUUAUAUAAAAUAUUUAAUAAAAAAAUCAAUAAAAAAAGUUUACCAACGAAA